UGCGCGUGAAGAAAAGGUAUUCGUGCUAGGUUGAACGUAUACAAAAAAAUGAUUGCCGGUGGUCACGGCGACCCUAAUCCGAACUCCUCCUGGCUUGAUUCCCGUGGCCUUUGGCUCGCGUACGUGUUAGGGAUCACCACCUUCCACAUCAUUCUGUUGGCAAUACCAUUCGUGCAAAUUCCCCUCGCCUGGACGAUUACGAACAUUUCGCAUAAUCUGGCACACAUUUAUUUUCUCCAUUGUAUCAAGGGCGCACCUUGGAUGAGUAUCGAUGCAGGUGAGAACCGUAAAUAUACCCAUUGGGAACAGAUCAACUAUGGGGAGCAGUUUACGACGACGAGAAAAUUUCUCACAGCGGCUCCGAUCAUUCUCUUUUUACUAACUUGCCUGUACACCCGCAACGACAUUGACCACUUUAUAAUCAAUUUUAUCUCGCUGGUAGUGGUUCUCGUUCCAAAACUUCCCCAGUUCCACGGCGUACGGUUGUUUGGUAUCAACAAAUACUAAAUAGUACGUCAUCAAACACAUAACGUUACCAACCGAAGUAAUGUGGAUUUAUUAUCUACUCGUUAACUGGUGCUCAUUUUCGAUGCAAAAUUGUCAGGGCAGCUAUUGACGAAUAAUCGAAUUUAUUUCGAAUAGCUCUAAGAUCUUCAAGAUUGACUUGCAUUGACGUGUUUAUUCUCGUUUUUUAGAAACAUAAAUCAUGAUAAUGUAGCGGGUUAAAAGAUAUACCAAAAUUAAUUUUUGAGAGUACUACUCGUGCGCAUAAGUGAUACAAUCAAGAUUGAUGUAAAUGAACUCUUUUUUAUAACUAAAAAAACACCUUAUUAUUAGCUGUGUAUCUUGUACAAUAAUAAAUGUGACUGUUGUCUC